AUGGCCUUGGGGGAGUCUGGUUCUCGAACCGCUACCCCGGCGCUCGCCCGGACAGCCCCCAACCCUUCUACCAGUUCCACGACGAGACGCUGGUCGACGAGUGGCAGUUCGGAGCGGUUCCCCGACCACAACGAGAUGCGGGCGUACUUCCAGUACGUCGACCGCAAAUGGCACGUCAGCCAGGACUACGACUUCGGGGUCGGGGUGGAAGGCGCCGCGUUCCAGGAGGACGGUCUCCUCUGGUCGAUCUCCCUGUCCGACGGGCGAUGCGUGACCGCGCGCUUCUUUAUCCCCGCGGUAGGGUUCGCAUCCACGCCGACCCUGCCCAAGAUCCCGGGUAUCGAGUCCUUCCAGGGCCCCCUGCGCCACACAGCCGACUGGCCGCACUCCGGCCUCGACGUGGCCGGCAAGCGGGUGGCCGUGAUCGGCACGGGGGCCUCGGGGGCGCAGGUGGUCGCGCGUAUCGCGCCCCAGGUCCAAUCCCUGACGGUCUACCAGCGGACGCCCGUGGUAGCGAUCCCAGCGUCUCCGGAGUCGGCCAAGGAUGCCAACUUGCGCACGGCCACCCCGCUGACGCCGGACGGCUCGCGCGCGGCCUUCCAGCGCACAAUGACCUCCUUCUCCGGCCUGGACUACUGCUUUCAGGACGCGGCGUCCGCAGCCGUCGGAUCGCCGCUGCGGGACCUGUUCAACCGGCAGUUUUACAAGGAAGGCAGCCGGGCGCUGGUCUGGAGCAACUUCACGGACGUCGUGGACGUGCGGGAGGCGCCCCUCACGGAGAUCACGCCGACGGGGAUCCGGAGCGGCAAGACGCACGUCGAGUACGACGUGAUCGUCUGCGCCACUGGAUUCCAGUCGAACAGUGCGGGGAUCGCUCGCCUGAACAUCACCGGCAGCCGCGGGGUGCCCCUGACGGAGGUCUGGAAGCACCGCGUCUGCUCGUACCUGGGCAUGACCGUCCCUGGGUUUCCCAACAUGUUCUACCUGUUCGGGCCGCAGGGCCCCACGGUCAAGGUGAACCUGCCCACGGCGAUCGAGUGCCAGGCCCAGUGGAUUCUGGCGUUCCUGAAAGCGCUUCGUACGGCGCGGGUGACCGGGUGCGAACCGACGCUGGCGGCCGCGCAGGCCUGGCAGGAGGAGUUGAGGGCACACUGGAAAGACACUUUGUACGCGAAGACAACCACCUGGGAGGCUCGCAAUGCCUCCAAUCAGCCGGAACCCCUUUGGAUCCGAGGGAUUCACAGGUACAACGAGGCGUUGCAAGCGUCGCAGGCGCUCAGCUUCCGCGGCUUUACCGAAUUGCAGCCGAAAAGAACCUCUGUGCUGUAG